CCCCUGGCUGCCUUCAAGAGAGAGCUGGACAGAUACCUAAAGUCAGUGCCGGAUCAGCCGGGCUGUGGCUCGUACGUUGGACUGCGUGCGGCCAGCAGUAACAGCCUAGUUGAUCAGGCCCUGAUCCAUCGGGAGGCCUGAUCAUGGACUGGGCCGCGGGGACGUUGAUCCCCGGAAUAACCUCCAGGUAACCAGAGGCAUCUGGAAUUUCCAAACGUGCACCAGAAAUAUGAUUGUGUUAAUAAAGAAACGAUAAAUUUGUAAGGGGUUAUAGAGGAAAUGGGGAGUUUUAACUGAGAAAGGGGAAAGUAUCUCAAACGUGUAACAGAAGACCAAUUUUGAAGUUGUCAGGGCCAGGAGCUGUAAGUCGACCCCUCUUAAAGACAACUCUGUGAACAAAUAUCUGGAACGUGACACACUUGAACUAAAGUAUAACAGUAAAAACCCUGGGUGUACAAAUGGGGCCAAGAUGUACACGACUCAACCUCUGUGAACACAACUAGGUGAAUACAACUAGAUGAGUUCCCCCAUCCCUGUGUUCCACAGGGAGCGACUAACUCCACACAGGAACAUACACUCCUCUUCCCUUCGUGUUUUUCAGGGUCAGGCAACCUGCGUGGAGGCUGUCCAGGUCUUAGUGUUGUAUCUUAGCUAUAAUGUAAUGAUCAGAGGUAGCCAGACAGCUGACAAUGGCGCCUUCUUCACCUAGAAUGUCUAUUAUCCCAGUUUUCUUAGCUUGGUUGGCUUCUUCGAGGGGAAACUUGGGAAUUCUCAUUUGCAUAUACUAGCUAUCUGAAGCAGGAACAGUGUCUAUAUGCCCAUUCUGCCAUAUAGGUUGAUGUAAGUAACGUUUUAUCUCUGAAAUUCAUCUACAUAACGAAUAGGACGUUUAAGACAAUGGUUCAAAGUGAAGCAUUGUUUUGAUGUAAAGUGAAGGGCUUUCAUGUGAGGUGGUUGGUGGUGGUGACGGUGGGUAUCCUUGCCUUCCUUCCCUCCUUCUCUCCCUUCCCCCCUUCUCCCCACCACAACCACCGCUCCUGCUGAUGCCAACUCGGGUGUCUCCUGCACAAGCAUUACUCCCUCGUCUCCACCUUUUCUCUCUUCCCAAACGAGAGUGCAAUCCAGGUAAUUUUGAUGAACUGAAGCACACACAGAUUCUGGAACUAAUUUGGUUGGUAAAAUUAGAGAGAUAACCGGGUGUAGGCGAGCGGUGGGACCCCUCACUCGUCUCCCCUUGUGCCCGCUCCCCCUCAUCCUAACCCUCACUUCCCCAUCCCAUGUCCCCCCACCCUUCCCUCUCCCGCGAGUCCUGCCUCCCUUAACCCUCCGGGCCAAACCCCUCCCUCCUCCCAUCUAUGACCCACGUCGGUCCUACCAGCUUUGUGUCCUCGUCUCCCAUUGGUUGGCUAGGAACUGACCGAGGCGGUGAUUGGUGGAGGGGGGCGUGUUAAUCAAUGAUCAGGUGUCCGGGGCGCAUCAUGGCUGCCGUGGGUUAGUGUGUGUUGACGAGUGGUAGUGAAUGGAGCGCUGAAGGUCGUCGCUGCUCUACUACUACUACUACGACCCCUGGUACAACUACCUUGCCGGCUAGAGGUUUCAAAAACCAGUGUCCCGGGGUGACGUUGGAGCCGCGUCAGAGUGGCUGGGCAGGGCGGCUCUUGCAGAGAGAGGGGAAGAAUCUGGCUAGACGGAAGUGGGAUUGGACAUGGUUGAGGGCAGCUGAGGGAUUAUGUAGCGUGGUGCACUGUGUUGCAGCGCAGGUUGGAGCAAGAGGGCGGUGUGGUAGCGUGACAGGGGCACGCAACCUGCUCUUCUCGUGGUGGCUGGCGCGCUAGCAAACCUGUUGUGCCAGGGUUUCGUUUUACACUGGUGACGACAAGGGCAGCGGCGAUUGGCCACCGCCGCCACUCAACCUGCCUCCAGCGAGAACGAGUCGGGAAAAAGCAAGCAGGAGUCGUGGCCGCAGGUCUCUGGUAGACAAGUUCAUCGAGGAAGCAGGAGGAAGUUUGGUGGUUGAUUGUUUGAGAGAACAAGGGAGCGGGCCCCACGCGGCGACCUCUGGUGUUAACAGGUGGUUGACAGCACAAGAGGUUGCUAACAGUCAACCAUGAGGCCUCGCUGACGUUCUUUCCUCAGGCAGCCACUCGAGGGCAGACUUGUGCUGUGUUGGUAAUGCAAAAUGUGGAGAUGAUAGCCAGCAGAACUGAGCAAAGUGAGCACACACAGUGAAGGAUCAUCUUCCUGAGACACGUGGAGCAGCGUCUCACCACCUCACAUCACGGUCGCAGCAAAGCACCGCGGGCUAACAUAUUUUGUAGUGAUAAGGUGGAGCUGAGUGUGAAGACGUCAAGAUGGUGUCAGUACUACCGUCGAUGGACCACACCUUCUCUAGCAUGGUGGACCUCAACAAGGAUCAGUCUGUACUGGACCAGCAGGUGAAGAGGCAACGACUGGACCCCGACCGAGAGACUGCUCAACACAGCGUGGGAUACACCUGGGAGGAUCAGUUAAGGUGUGAGGUACCAUCGGUGUCGUCUCCAGCAAGCCAGAGCGACAGUGGGUGCGCCUCACCGUCUGAAGGCUCGGGUGGAGGCGCUGGAGGCGGCGGUGAGGUCUUGGCACCCCUGGUGAGUCUUGGCCGGGGGGUGUCUAUGGGCACGGGGUCGGUGUCCACGUCGCCGGCCACCUCGUCAGUCUCCCCCGCCUACCACCCGGGCAGCGGGGGCAGCAGUAGCAGCAACAGCAGCAGCAGCAGCAACAGUGGGGCGCCUCCUCCAGCGCCCCCUCAGGCACUAGACCCCGCCUGGCUCACCCCGACUCCCCUCACUCACAAUAACAACACACUACAUGUAACAGAAGUGAAGGGAGAACCUACCAAUAACGCUUCUGACGUGUUCACGGAGGAGCUGCCGCCUUAUACUCCAGUGGCCGCCGCAGACAAGCACGACCUCUCUGCCUCCCACCUCCAGCAGCUCUACUCCAGCACGAUGCAGGCCUACGGCGGUAACUCGUACAUGCAGCCUACUGGCUUCUACAACACCAUGCCCAACUCUCAGUAUUCCUACGGCACCGACUACCUGCUAAGCACAACGAGAGGUCUCAACCAGAGCAGUAAGGGCACUCUGGGUUCCACUGGUCUGGGUUCGUCGUGCCUUGGUUCCACGGGUUCUCUAGGCUCGGCCAGCUCCCUGGGCUCCGCCACUGCUUCCUACCUGGCUCCCUACGGCUCCUUCAGCAGCAGUAGUGGCACUCAGGCCUGCCAGAACCCUUACUACGGUACCUCCUACAAUGCCUCCUUCGCCACCGGCAACACACAAAACUACACCUCCACGCAACAGCAGGGUCUGGACUCAGCCUACUACUCUGCGGCGUACGCGGGGCAGGCGGCCGCCGCAGGCAGCUACUACUACGGCCAAGGCUAUGCUGGUUACAUGGGCUCCUCCACCGCCUCCACCAACUCCGCCGCCGCUGCCGCCGCCGCCUCCAACGGUCUCUCCUCCGGCCUGCCCACGGCGGCCCCCACCACACCCACAGCCACCACCUACCAGCUAACACUCCCACUAGAGAACACGGCUGGUUUUCAAGGAGUGGACAGUCCGGCGUCUCCACUAAAAGACACAGCGUCGAGGUCGCGGAACGGACGGUCUCGGCGCAGCAAUCCCUCGCCGGACCCGGAAAACAAAGUGGAGCGGGUGUACAUCUGGGACCUGGACGAGACCAUCAUCAUCUUCCACUCCCUCCUCACCGGUACCUACGCCAGGACCUUCGGCAAAGACACAGCUAAUGCCGUCCAGCUGGGCUACCACAUGGAGAAGUUGAUCUUUGACCUAGCAGAUACACAUUUCUUCUUCAACGAUUUAGAAGAGUGCGACCAAGUUCAUAUAGAUGAUGUAUCGUCUGAUGACAACGGACAAGAUUUAAGUAACUACAACUUCGCCACGGAUGGGUUUAGUGCAGCCAACAGUAAUGCUUCUCUGUGUUUGGGUACUGGAGUGAGAGGGGGAGUGGACUGGAUGAGGAAGCUUGCGUUUAGGUACCGCAAGAUUAAGGAGUUAUUCAACAGCUGCAGGAAUAAUUCUGGUAGUCUGCUGGAUCCAGAAAAUAGAGAAAAAUGGCACAGAGUCCGCCAAGAUAUUGAGACUCUUACUGACAGUUGGCUGACAGAAUCCAUGAAGUGCUUGCAGCUUAUUGCAUCUAGACCUAACUGUGUAAAUGUCCUGGUGACCACCACACAGCUUGUACCAGCUCUUGCCAAGGUUCUGCUCUAUGGACUGGGCUCUGUCUUCCCCAUCGAGAAUAUCUACUCAGCAACUAAAGUUGGUAAAGAAAGCUGCUUUGAAAGAAUUGCUUCACGGUUUGGAAGGAAACCUGUGUAUGUUGUUGUCGGUGAUGGCAGAGAUGAGGAGAUGGCUGCCAAACAACUUGAUUUUCCAUUUUGGAGGAUCCAGACACAUCAUGAUUUUGUCAAUUUAUACAAGGCUUUAAGCAUUUGUGGCCUUUGAGUACAACUGACAAGUUGGUUCUUCAUUGCAGCUUUAGCACUCUUCCAUUCUUUCUCCCAGAGAAUGAUUUUCAGUGACACUUAAUGGUCCUAACUUUCCUUGUAAUAUUCAUGAGCAGUUUUCAGCAAGUUCAAACUAUUUCCAGCACUAUACUUAAGACGUUUUUUA